CGCGUUCAUCUCACAAAAUUGACAAAUUAUGAAACACAAAAAAUCAAAAGAAAAACAUGUUUACUUCUGUUGUUUUCGUUGAUUUGAAGAGUUAAAAAAAUAAAGAUCUUGAAAUCUUGUUCGUCCUCUGCUGCUUCUGUUCUUGGCAAAAAACAAGCAAAUGUAAGUGGCGGCCGUCCUCGGCUAUUCCUAUUCUUGAGGUGAACUUGUCGAUCCGGAAUGGGGAAUCUGCAGCCCGACCCUGGAGAAGAAGCCACCGCCCGACCUUGAAGCUGAAGACGCAGCUUCUACUAGCCCACAGGCCCCUGAAAUGAAGUCGUCUCGAUUUCCCCUGUCUCACCAAUCACCAUUGCAGCAAAGAGAGAAAAAGAAGGGGAUUAGGAGUGGGAUCUGAAUUAGAAAGAAAAGGAAGGGGAUUUCGAGUGGGAUCUGAAUUGGAAAGAAAAAGACAGGGAUUUUAGGAUCCUACCGCCGGUGAAUUCGAGUUUGGCGGUGGAAUGAUGAGAGAGAGAUGCAGAGGUGGCAAGUCUGAGAUGAUAGAGGGGAGGCCACAGGCGAUGGGUCGUGAAAUGGAGAAGAAGACGAAGAAGAAGAAAGGGCGCCGCUGGGAAACAGAAAGGAAAAAAAGCUUUUAAUGAAAAUAUAUAAAAAAAAACCGUGUGCAACAAAUAGGAGAAACACAUCCAAAGCAAUCUUUUGUUGUUUCUUUAAUUUUGGUCUGGUUGUGUAAAUCUGUGGUCACAACAAAAAUUAGGGGUCGUUUGCUUGUUGGAUUUGAAAAAUGAGGAUUUUGGCCAAUAAAAACCUUGGGAUUUAUGUUGGAUUUAUUGGAUUAUGGAUUUGAAGAGUCUAAUGUUUGCAUGAUAGAUUUGAUGAUGGAUUUGUGGUGGAUUUGUUAAAUAAAUAACUAACCAUCAAAGAUUUGCAAAUUCCAAAUCAAUAUGUGGGAUUUACAAGUCCGUGGGGUCCAUAGAUUUGGUUCCAAAAUAAAGACCAAAUCCGUGGACCCCACGAAUUUAGCACCCUUCAACAAACAAUGAACUUAUGUUAAAUCCAUCAAACUUAGGAUUUGGGUACCAUAUCCAUGACCCAAAUCCAACAAGCAAACGACCCCUAAAAACUCAAUUAAACAUUUUUUUUUUCUUGAUUUCUACAAUUUUAAAAAACUCAACAGAAAGCAGAAACAAACAACAAUACUAAAACGGGGCCAUAGGCUAGCUGAUUUUGUACGCUGGGACCAUGUUGUAGAGAUUAAGAAGUACGGUGACCAGAAGGCAAACAGCGGUAAGUGAAGGGUGAACCAACAAAUGAAGCCGCAAGAGAUGUCGUCUGACGUCCGGCUCGUUGUCGUUUUGACGUGGGAUUUUGUUUUGCGCUUUGCAGGGGUUUAAGGUUAGAAAGGCCGAAAGUAGAGAAGUGAGGGAGAAGUGUUUGAGGGCAAAAGGAGAUUUUCGAUUUUCAUGACUGUCUGAGCAUCAGAAAGGCCGAAAGGGGAAAGAGUAGAGAAGUAGAACAGCUCGAGUGACUGAGCCAGCUGCGUCCGUCGCCGUCUCCUGGUUGGUCCACCGUGUCUGCUGGCAGUUUGCUGCUGAAAAAAAAAAAAAAAAAGCAGCCCGAAAGGAACCCAUUUCGGAACUGGUUGAGUGGUUUAGUAGUCGUUCCAUCUUGCGUUCUCAUUACUGGGGGUAACGUUGCUUAAAUUUUGGUUCUUCUCUGUUUCCGCUGAAUAGAAUAGCUUAUAGGGUGAUUGUUGCUGUGAAUUGUGAUGUUGUGAACUGUUUGAGCAAUUACGAAAGCUCAGCAUUUCAUUGUCUCUGUGUGUACUAUGCUGAAAUUUGAGGAAUCAGUAGCUUCGGGCUUCUGAGUGGUAUCUCUUGAAUUAAUCGGUGAAAGAACCGUAGCUGCUGUAGUUCUUAGGUGGGUUUACCUUGUGUGUUACCGUUCGAUGAGUUUGAAGGCUAUGAUGGUUCUUGCGUGUUCUUUGUUUAUGGUUGCAUCUGUUUUGUGUCAUGGGAGUUGGGAAAUGGAACUCUUUCGUCUCACGGAAUUGGUUCUUUUUGUAUGUCAUCGAUCACAGGCGAAAAGGGAGGGAGACGGAGGCUGAUAGGUUCGAGUUGGAGUUAUUAAAAGGCUCUUUUCGAAAACCUGAUUCUGGAAUUGCUGAGUCUUGUCACGUCGAGCUGAUGGGGUCUCUGGUUCAAACAUCCAAUUUCCCACUCAUUCCUCGGUUUCGCACUUCACAUCGCAUCCUUGAGGAAGCUCGAGUUCAAUGUCGUUCAGGCGUGAGGUGUCGUUUGGUGGAGCCACUGAAGUUUGAGAAUGGGAAACCCUCCACCCCAGCCCUUCCGGCUGGCAAAGAUCCAAGCUUCUUAGCCAGGCCUCAACUAGGCAACAUUGUCUCUAGAAAGAAUGACACUAGGCUGCGGAUAUUCUCUGGCACAGCUAAUCCUUCUCUCUCUCAGGAAAUCGCAUGCUACAUGGGUUUGGAACUGGGAAAAAUUAACAUAAAGCGUUUUGCUGACGGCGAGAUCUAUGUCCAACUGCAAGAGAGUGUACGAGGCUGUGAUGUAUAUCUUGUGCAGCCCACUUGUCCUCCUGCAAAUGAGAAUCUUAUGGAGUUAUUGAUAAUGAUUGACGCUUGUCGGAGGGCAUCAGCCAAAAAUAUAACUGCAGUGAUUCCAUAUUUUGGUUAUGCUAGAGCUGAUAGAAAGACUCAAGGGCGUGAAUCCAUAGCUGCCAAACUUGUGGCAAAUUUGAUUACAGAAGCAGGUGCUAACCGUGUUCUUGCUUGUGAUCUUCAUUCUGGGCAGUCCAUGGGUUAUUUUGACAUCCCUGUGGACCAUGUAUAUGGUCAGCCAGUGGUACUAGAUUACCUUGCUAGCAAGAGAGUUUGUUCUGAUGACUUGGUGGUGGUAUCCCCUGAUGUUGGUGGUGUAGCAAGGGCACGUGCUUUCGCCAAGAAAUUAUCAGAUGCACCCCUCGCCAUCGUAGAUAAAAGGCGGCAUGGACACAAUGUUGCAGAGGUGAUGAACUUGAUAGGCGAUGUUAAGGGAAAAGUUGCAGUUAUGGUGGAUGACAUGAUUGAUACCGCAGGGACUAUAAGUAAAGGUGCAGCUCUAUUACACCAAGAGGGAGCAAGGGAGGUAUAUGCCUGCACUACACAUGCUGUUUUCAGUCCACCUGCAAUCGAGAGGUUGUCGAGUGGUCUUUUCCAAGAGGUUAUCAUCACAAACACGAUCCCGGUGUUGGAGAAGAACUAUUUCCCUCAGCUCACUGUCUUGUCGGUGGCAAACCUCCUGGGAGAGACCAUCUGGCGAGUGCACGAUGAUUGCUCGGGUGGUUUUGAACCCUAUUCGAGCCUGGGCAUCGACUGACCGGAUCAAUCGAUAACGGUGCGGUGACAUACAUUGCUUUGCCCAUACUGUCUUCCAAGAGUAGAGAAGCUGCAAGCAGCUUCGUAUGCUGCUGAGAACUGAAUGGAAUGGUGGUUGAAAAUGGACUAGCGCCUGUAGCCUUGUUUUGGUUUAUGUGAUGUUGCCCCUUAGGCUGCACAGAGAGGCAACGGAAAGGAAGUGUUGUCUCUUGUAAGUUGUAACUUGUAACUUGUAACCAUGAAAGCUACAGUGAGGAGUGAGGUGUGUUUGUUUGUUGUACUAUCAUCACCAAACCAUAAAUGGAAGUGUAUAAACAAGGUAUGACAUGUAGUCCCAUAGAUGAGCAGAGAAUCAGUUCAUCUCAAUUUAAUAUUGAAUCUUAUAUCAUAUAUCUCAAUGUAGUUAAAAUUGUAGUUUAUGCUUUUACGCUUUGUAGGUCAUCUAAAUGCUAAUAGAUAGAAUCGUGGUUUUUCUGUGAUUUGUGCAAUAAUGUAGUCAAUAUCGUGGUUUGAAAUUUACAUCUAAAAAUACCUUUAAGCGUUUUCCCAAACUGCCAUGUUGGGAUUCAAAAUCUUUUACCGUACACUCUUCCACGUCAUCACUUUAACUCUCCUUCUCUCAUCAGAAUUUCGUCCCUCUUUCCUCUCCCCCAAUCUUAUCUCUUCUUUUACGUGUGUAUAACUGUAUAUAUAUAUAUAUAUAUAUAUAUAUAUAUAUAUAUAUAUUAUAUAUAUAUAUUAUAUUUUGCAAUACCUAAAGCAGUUAGAGAAAAAAGCUCCUCCACGUCAGCGUUGAAAGCCUACCCGCAACCUUCGGAAAUAGAUUUAUUUUUCCUUUUUAAAUUUUGUUUUGGGUGUUUUUAUACGCUGGAGACUGGAGUGGAAUAACAUUUGUGCUUUCUGAUUUUCUCUCUUCUUCUUCUCUUCGACCCCGGACAGAUUCUCAGUUUCUCACAAGCCGAAAAUCUCCAACUCAAACUUGGAAGUGGACUCGGAUUCAGGAUUGGAUUUGGAGCAUAUUGGUUCUCCAUGAGACGGUGGGAAGCGACGUGACACUGAAAUGCCCGGCGACGAACAUCAGAUGUCUCGCUGCACCUUUACUCCGUUGUCGCCGGCUUAGGCCAUGAACGAGAACGAUGGCAAAGACAAAACAAAAUGAACAACGUUAAGGAAGCAGGCGGUACCGAAGAUGCCUCUGCAACCUACGACCACUUCCCCCAAUAUGCUUUUUCCAUCCACAUAUGGCGGGGUUAUUGCUUUGCGAAACUGCGCCACCGAGUCGCCUGGCCUUCUUUACCCGUCCCAAUUCGUCUCAAGCAAAAUCGCAUAUUCACACCAUUAACUCUGCAAAUUACAGGUUAGUCACCAACCACUUUACAACGUUCAAAUUACACUCCCCGUUACGUUGCCAAGAAGAAUAUGAGAGUUUGGAAUUUGGAUGCGAAAGCUCUGCUUCUGCUUUGCCAUGUUAGUUAGUCUGGGUAUUUGUGGGUAGUACAAUUUUGGAUUUUGAAUUUAUUGUUCCUUAAGAUGGAUUGAUUGAAACUUAUUAAUGGACGCGGAUUGUGAAGGAAUUAAUUUUUUUUUUAUGAUAAUCUUUUUGUUGAGUUGAUUUCUGAAUCUUGCUCAUCCCUGUUUCACAUUCACAUGGCAAAUACAUACCACCAUUCACCAAGUGAGGCUGCCUCUACAUCACCCUUCACCACUGCUGAUGAAUGUGAAAAAAGGAACUAUAACUCGCAAUCAACAUAUCAGACAACAAUGCUAUGCUACAACGUAAGGCUACAACACGAAUUAAAACAACGAAACCGUUAAGAAUGUAAGAUCCAAGAAGUGGAAAGUACUAAAGUUCUCAAAUAUAGGUUGAUUUGACGUACACAUCAACAGUUGCAAUAGAAUGUUGCAACUUGC